CCACUCCUCACAUAAUGUCAUAAUAAUACAAUCUUCGAAGUUUUCGCAAUUCACAUUCCUUUUUUCCAAGUCCCAAUACAUACACAUAUACAAACACACACAUAUACACCCAAACGUUAUGUAACUGCAAAAAAAAUAUCGAAACGAGAUUCUACAAUUAGUCUCUAGUCAAAGAGCUUCAUGGCAAUGGUGUGACCCCAAAGUUAGUCUUCACAUGUUUCUUAAGUUUCAAACAUUGAAUUUUUUUCCUUUUAUAAAUAGUUAAGACUUAUCUUCAUUUUCUAAAAUAGUCAAGAUUUAUAUUCCUCUUAAAAAAUAAUUUAUUUCCUUCCUAAGAAGAAUUAUUAGAUUUAUUUUCUUUGCUAGUAUAGAUUGAUGAAAGUGAGGAAAUGGGAGAAGAAAUGAAGAACACAGGAUGUGUCUUCUUCUUCUAAGUCACUAACAAAAUCAACAAAGAGGAGAAGCCAUUAUUAUAUAAUAGAGAGAUUGAGAGAAGAGAUUUAUCCAAAAAAAUAUUGCAAUUCUUCUUGGAGUGAAUAAUGCCAGUCCCUCUUGCACCAUAUCCAACACCUCCGGCACCGGCACUGGCUCCGUCGUACAACACUCCUCCGGCAAAUGGUAAAAUCUUUCUUAAAUGGACAAGCUAUUUUUAAUCCAAAAAGAUCCUCUGUUUUCAUAUUCUUUUACAAAAGUUUUAGUUUCUUAUAAGAUUGAUUUUUUGGCUUUAUUAAACAAGAUUGUUUUUGGUCAUGCAUACUUGGAAAAAUCAAAUAUUUUCAGAUUCCCAAUUUGUUUUACUCUUCAUGGGAAAAAAUUGCUCAAUUAUUUUCCCAGAACCACAUUUAUUUAUUUCACAUGUGUUCAUAAUCCAUUUGAAUGUACUUUUUUUGGUUAAAAAAAUAAAUAAAAACAACUUGAGAUUUGUAGGAAGUACAAGUGGGCAGAGCCAGUUAGUGUGUUCAGGUUGCAGAAACCUUCUGAUGUAUCCCGUCGGAGCAACCUCCGUCUGUUGCGCCGUCUGUAACGCCGUCACGGCCGUUCCUCCGCCCGGAACGGAGAUGGCACAGUUGGUAUGUGGAGGAUGUCAUACACUCUUAAUGUACAUUCGUGGAGCUACAAGUGUUCAAUGUUCUUGUUGUCACACUGUUAAUCUCGCCCUCGAAGGUUUACAUGCAUAUUGAUCUUUAUAUAUUACUUAUUAAACAAAAAACAUCGAUCUUUAUAUUUGGUGUUUAAUCAGAUUUUUAUUGACUGUUUUUGUUUGGGUUGUGGUUUAGGGAAUAUAUACAAGAAACCAAAUCCAAAAUGAAAAUAUUUUUAAUUUUUACGAUCGAGGUCGUUAUAUAUUACAAAUUUAUUACAUGUUGUCGUUUAUCGACAAUAUGUAUUGUAAGGAUUUAAACUCAGAUUAUAUUGCAAACUAGGAAAAAAUAUUUUAUUAUAUGUUCUGCUUAGUUUAUUAUGUGUUUUUAUUCAAAAAUACUUUUUACAAUAAAUUAUAUUGAGUUUUGGUUUUUAUGAUAAAACAAUAAAACUAGGUUUGUUUAUAUAUGUGUGGGUCUAGUUUAGUUUCGAUUUUGAGAUAUAAGAUAAUUAAACCGAAUUUUGGAUUUAUUUUGCAGGUCUUGUUUAUGUUUAGGUUUAGGUUGUUAAAACAUUUCGGUUUUAAGUGUAUUAAUAACUUUCAUGUCUUGCAAAUGUAAUCAGCAAACCAAGUAGCGCAUGUGAAUUGCGGAAACUGCAUGAUGCUACUAAUGUAUCAAUAUGGAGCAAGAUCAGUGAAAUGUGCCGUUUGUAACUUUGUCACAUCUGUUGGGGGUUCAACGAGCACGACUGAUUCGAAGUUUAACAAUUAAAACUUGGAUCUAUCUACCUAUCAAUACAUAUUGAGUUAUGAGCAAUAUAGAGGAAGCAUCAAAUCUUUUUCACUCUCUCUUCGAUCAAGAAUCCGGCAGUGAUGAGUUUGAAACCAUUUUCGGAAGUAAAUGAAAUAUGUAAUUCGUCGAAAUUUCUGACUUUGGUCUCUUUGUCCGUUUGUAUAGAGCUAUCUCUCUUCUUUGGUUUUUGUUUUGUUCUCUUAAGAAAAAUUUGAUUCACCAGUUUGUAAGAGUGAUUCAGAAAUCAAAGCUAGACUUUUUAUGCAUG